UGAAACCUACGAUGACGUCAGCUCAUUAAAACAUGUGCAGACUGAACAGCCAAUCACAGGAGAGCACGCUGGAUCUCCAUGGCAACCAGGAUCGUUUUGUGUUUGUUUCCAUCUGAAGAGAAGAAGCUUCAGAAGGUCGCGAUGGCGGGGACAUCGAGACAUGACCGAGCGAUGUCCCUGGAGGCAAAGCGGCAGCUGUCGGUGACCUCUGACCCGGUGGAGCGACUCCGACUCCAGUGUCUGUCCAGGGGGUCGUCAGGUAUCAAAGGGCUGGGCAGAACCUUCAAGAUAAUGGACGACAACAAUAACCGCUCGCUGGACCUGAAGGAGUUCCUGAAGGGUCUCAAUGACUACGGCAUCCCGAUGGAGAAGCAGGAGGCCACGGCUCUCUUCCAGCUCUUCGACCGCGACCAAAGCGGGACCAUCGACUUCGACGAGUUCCUGGUGACUCUGAGGCCACAGAUGUCCAAAUCCAGGAAGGAGGUGGUCAUGGAGGCCUUCCGGAAGCUGGAUAAGACGUCGGACGGGGUGAUCACCAUCGAAGACCUGCAGGGGGUCUACAACGCCCAGUACCACCCCAAGUACCGCAACGGGGAGUGGACCCAGGACCAGGUCUUCAGGACGUUCCUGGACAGCUUCGACUCUCCGUACGACAAAGAUGGAAAGGUGACCAAAGAGGAGUUUGUGAACUAUUACUGUGGAGUCAGCGCCUCCAUCGACAGCGACGUGUACUUCAUCCUGAUGAUGAAGAACGCCUGGAAGCUCUGAGCACAUGGAAAGUCUCCAUGGAGACAACGUCACGUCCAGCUGAAAUAAAUCUCAAGCUUUAAAUCAUU